CUCCGCAAGAAGCCCAAACCAGGCCGCGCAUAAGCCCACUCCACCUUCGAACCCUCCUCUCCCCAACCCAACUCGCCGCCGCUUCCGUCUCCGCGACCUCCGAGCUCCGGCGGCCAGCCAUGUCGAUCUUCGAGUACAACGGGUCCGCCGUGGUGGCCAUGGUGGGCAAGAACUGCUUCGCGAUCGCCAGCGACCGCCGCCUCGGCGUGCAGCUGCAGACCGUCGCCACCGACUUCCAGCGCGUCUUCGAGAUCCACCCCAAGCUCUACAUCGGCCUCUCCGGCCUCGCCUCCGACGCCCAGACGCUGUACCAGCGCCUGGUGUUCAAGCACAAGCUCUACCAGCUGCGGGAGGAGCGGGACAUGAAGCCCGAGACCUUCGCCAGCCUCGUCUCCGCGAUGCUCUACGAGAAGAGAUUUGGACCAUACUUCUGCCAGCCAAUUAUUGCUGGACUUGGACAGGACGAUGUGCCAUUUAUUUGCACCAUGGACUGCAUUGGUGCAAAGGAACUGGCGAAGGACUUCGUUGUCUCAGGGACAGCAUCAGAGUCUUUAUAUGGUGCUUGUGAAUCCAUGUACAAACCAAACAUGGAACCCGAUGAACUCUUCGAGACCAUAUCACAAGCGCUGUUGUCAUCAGUUGAUCGUGAUUGCCUCAGUGGGUGGGGAGGCUACGUUCUGGUUGUGACGCCGACCGAAGUUACAGAGCGAGUGCUCAAGGGCAGGAUGGACUAGAGUUCUUCAGCCGCAGUCCCAUGCUUUCAUUGCUUGCUGUUUCUGGUUCACGGCAGCAUUAUCUAUCAGGGUUGUGCCUAAAUUCUGAACUAAUAUUGUAAUGAUGAUGUUAUAUUUACCCUUAGAAAAAGUACCUGUUUUUUCCUUGACUUUA